UAAAAACAAUGAAUUCUUAUACUGUCGGUACAAAUCUCGAGACAGUGGUCCAAAGUUCACCUCGUCAAGAUGACAUGAUAACUUCAAAGAAAUUUCUUAAAAUUGAUAUGCACACACAUAUACUUCCAAAACAUUGGCCUGAUCUUAAAAAAAAGUAUGGAUAUGGCGGAUGGGUACAGCUGGAUCAUCAUGAACCGGGUAAAGCGAGAAUGAUUAUUGAUGGGAAAAAUUUUCGAGAAAUUCAAUGUAAUUGUUGGUCUGCAGAUGAGAGAGUACGAGAAUGUAAUAGUACUGGUGUUGAUGUGCAGGUUCUUUCUACAGUUCCUGUGAUGUUUUCAUAUUCUGCAAAACCUCAACAUACCCUUGAUUUGGCACGUUAUCUAAAUGAUCACAUUGCACAAGUAUGCGCCGAAGAUCCAAAGCGUUUUAUUGGACUUGGUACACUUCCAAUGCAAUCGCCUGAAUUGGCUGUACAGGAACUUAAAAGAUGUAUUAAUGAACUUGGCCUUGCUGGCAUCCAAAUUGGAAGUCAUGUUAAUGAAUGGAAUCUGGAUGCACCUGAAUUGGAUCCUAUUUGGGAGGACAUGGAAAAUAAGGGUCGAAUGGAAAAAUAUUGGUUUCCAUGGCUUAUCGGGAUGCCCUGUGAAACAACAAUUGCAAUUUGUUCAUUGAUAUUUGGGGGCGUCCUUGAACGCUAUCCUAAUCUUAAAGUAUCUUUCGCUCAUGGCGGUGGUUCUUUUCCAGCUACGAUAGGACGUAUUGUGCAUGGUUUUAAUGUUCGACCUGAUUUAUGUGCUAUAAAGAUAAAAAAGAAACCUCUGGAAUAUAUUAAUCGUAUUUAUGUUGAUUCGCUCGUACAUGAUGAGGAUACACUUCAAUUUCUAAUUAAGAAGAUAGGUAUAGAUAAAAUAAUGUUAGGUAGCGACUAUCCUUUUCCACUUGGAGAACAUCAUCCCGGAAAAUUGAUUGAAGGAUGUGAUUGGUUAGGUGACGAAGAUAAGGAAAAAUUAUUAAGUGGAAAUGUUUUAAAAUUUUUAGGAAUAGAACAUAAAUUUGAUAAAGAGAUGUAUUUUAAAAAAUAA